GCUUUCGCCACACUCUUCAAGUAACUUCGGAACAGUCUGAGCCCAAAAAAACAAAAAACAAAAAACAAAGAAAGAAAUUUACUUUCGUUACCAAAAAAGACUUCGACCAUGGCGGCGACGGCGGAAAGGUUCAAUUACUACGCUGCCGCUUGCGCCAUAGUCGCUUCCACCAUAUCCAUCAUCUUCGGCUACGAUACCGGAGUGAUGAGCGGAGCAAUGAUCUUCAUCAAAGAGGACUUGAGAAUCAACGACACGAAAGUCGAGGUCCUCGCCGGAAUCCUCAACCUCUGCGCCCUGGUCGGCUCCUUAAUGGCGGGGAGAAUCUCCGACUACAUCGGUCGUAAGUACACCAUCGCCAUGGCCUCCACCAUCUUCCUCGCCGGCUCCGUCCUCAUGGGCUGGAGCCCCAAUUACGCCGUCCUCAUGACGGGACGCUGCGUGGCCGGACUCGGAGUCGGAUUCGCACUCAUGAUCGCUCCCGUCUACUCCGCCGAGGUCUCGUCGGCGAAAUCCCGCGGCUUCCUCACCUCCCUUCCUGAGUGGGGGAUCGCUAUCGGCAUCCUCUUAGGAUACAUCUCCAACGUGGCCUGCGCCAGGCUGUCGCUCAGGCUCGGGUGGCGGCUGAUGCUCGGGAUCGGGGCGGUCCCGUCGCUGAUCCUCGCGGUCGCGAUCGUCUCGAAGAUGCCGGAGUCCCCGCGCUGGCUGAUCAUGGAAGGGAAAUUGGGGGAAGGGAAGAGGAUACUUUUCGCGGUCUCGAAUUCCAAAGAGGAAGCCGAGAUUCGGUUCCGGGAGAUCAAAAUCGCGGCCGGAAUCGAUCUCGAGGAGGAAGGGGAGGAGACGGUUGAUCAUGUUCCGAAGAAUUCGGGAGGGAAAGGGGUGUGGAAGGAGCUGAUUCUGCGGCCCACGCGGGCCGUGCGGAUGAUUUUGAUCGCCGCGGUGGGGAUACAUUUCUUCGAACACAUGGUGGGCACGGAAGCGGUGGUUCUCUACAGCCCGAGGAUUUUCAAAUCGGCCGGGGUUACGGAUAAGCACAAGCUUUUAUUGGCGACGGUUGGGGUCGGAUUGACGAAAUUCGCCUUCAUCGUGAUCUCGACGUUUCUCCUGGACCGGGUCGGGCGGCGGAGGCUGCUGCUGGUCAGCACGGCGGGGGUGGUCGGGGCGUUGACCGUGCUGGGGACGUGUUUGACGAUUGUGGAGAGGGAAAAGGGGGAGAAGGUGAUGUGGGCGCUGGGGAUGAGCAUCGCGUCGGUUUAUGCUUUCGUGGCGUUUGUGAACAUCGGGCUGGCGCCGGUGACGUGGGUUUAUAGCUCGGAGAUUUUUCCGCUGCGGCUGAGGGCGCAGGGGUACAGUUUGGGGGUGGCGGUGAAUCGGUUGAUGAACGCGACGAUCUCGAUGACGUUUAUAUCGCUGUACAAGGCGAUCACGAUCGGCGGGGCGUUCUUUAUGUUCGCCGGGGUGGCGGUGGUGGCGUGGUUUUUCUUCUACUUCUUGUUCCCGGAGACGAAGGGGAGGUCGUUGGAGGAGAUGGAGGAGUUGUUCAGUCACGGGUUCCGGUCGGGUCGGAAGCAGCAGAGUAAAGGGCAAGUAGGACAGGGCAACGUCGUCUAAGUUGGUUGCUUCGUGCAGCAUGGAUGUUUUCACGGUAAGGUUAUAUUGAGCAGAAGGAGAGAGAGAGAGAGAGAGAGAGAGAGAGAGAGAGAGAGAGACCAAGAUUGUUGUGUAUGUUAUAUUAGAGUACGUACGCCUGUAAAAUUCGCAAUCAAUCAUACGAAGAAAUUGCCUUCUAAUAGCGGUGGGAGCUUGCACAACUCAAUUUAAUGACAGAUUGAAAUACCGUACCACAGUUUUUAUCGAAAUAGUUAUUGAUCGAGUAUUUUAUGCUAAAAUUAUGGUUCAACUAUUUCUAUCAGUAGCUAUAUAUAUUUCUCCUAUUUCGACUUUUCUUUAAUUAGUUAGAGUCGAUCUUUCAACUUGUUAGACUAAAUUAUCCAUUCUAUU